AUGAAUGUUAUUGGUUGCAAGUGGAUCUUCCGUACUAAGCGGAAGGCUGAUGGCUCUAUUGACCGACACAAGGCGCGUUUGGUGGCUAAGGGGUUCAACCAGGUAGCUGGGCAGGACUUCUUCGAUACGUUCAGCCCCGUGGUUAAAUCGACCACGGUUCAGUUGCUGUUGUCUUUGGCGUUAACCUCGGGCUGGGUCAUUCGCCAGCUUGAUGUGCAUAAUAGGUUUUGGAAUGAGGCGUUGGCUGAGACAGUGUAUAUGCGCCAACUGCUUGGGUAUGCUGAUGACCAGUUUCCUACUCAUGUGUAUUUGUUUCAAAAAUCGUUAUAUGGUCUCAAGCAAGCUCCUCGGGCUUGGUUUAACAGGGGGAGCUACGGUGUAUUUGCUGUUUAUGUGGACGACAUCUUGGUUAUGGGUAGUGAUCCGUCCUUGGUGUCCACUCUCAUAUCCAAGUUGUCUACUACCUUUAAGAUUCGCGAUCUUGGUGCACCGGGUUUUUUCUUAGGCAUUGAGACGGUUCGCAGUGAUACUGGUAUGCUUCUUUCUCAGAAGCGUUAUAUGGUGGAUAUACUCAAGCGUUCGGGUACGUCUGAGUGCAAACCACUGGCAACCUCGGUUCCUGUUUCUCGUCUUGUCGCUGGGUUAGAUGCGCCAUUUGCCGAUCCCACGAAGUACAGGAGUUUGGCUGGUGCCUUGCAGUAUCUCAUGCUGCGUAAGUCUUCUAACGCCGAUAUUCAUGCCUUCUCUGACUCGGACUGGGCUGGCUGCCCUACGGAUAGGAAAUCCACGAGUGGAUUUGCUGUUUUUCUGGGUUCUAAUCUCAUUUCGUGGGUCUGUAAGAAACAACGUACAGUGGCUAGAUCUUCUACUGAAGCUGAGUACAAGGCUCUUGCUGAUGUCUGUGCUGAGGUCACUUGGGUUGUUGCGCUGUUGCGUGAGUUAGGUGAUUUGCAAGUUAAUUUUAUUUCAACUAAGGACCAGUUGGCAGAUAUAUUUACCAAACCGCUUGCUGCUCCGCGGUUUGUGUUCUUACGUGACAAGUUGCAGGUCGUUGCUCCAACCUGA